UGCCCCGUGCAUGCAUUCAGACGCUGCAUGAGUGCAGGAGGCUUGGGCAGGAACAGGCAUAGCUGAGGAGGAACCGGAGGGGAGGUCAUUGAAAUGGGUUUGGGGUGACUGCGAGCUUUACUUGACUAAUGUGAAUGCAAGCACCUGUGUUCUGCAGGGAUGUGACCUGGAUGAAACAGGCAGCCAGAAACUGCCAGGGGUGUGGCUGACUGUUUUUCCCAGAGGUGUCUCUCUUGUUUUUGUUUCUCAUGUGGUGUUCAAGUCACAUUUGCACUUGGGAUCGGAUGUGUGACUGCUGCCCACAAAGAAGAGCUAAUUUUGAUCCUCUGGGUGAUACUACCACCAAACGAGUUCUUUGUGAUGAUGCCGAUGUUUGGGGAGAGCUUCCGGAUCAAAGCCUUUUUCCUGCUACUGUUUUCUUCGCUUACAAAUCUUCACAUGAGGAAGGCAAUGGAAAGAUCAGUUCUGUGAUAUUCCACCCCCCCUCCUUUUUUGACAUAGUUUAGGUACGGGAGGACCUCAGGCAAAUUCAGACCAGGCACACAGGCCUGGGCAGGUCCAUGAAGCUCCUGACACAAUCAGAGAGGAAGAGCCGGGACGUGCUUCAAGGCGCAAGACCGAAAGACGGGCAAAAGAGGGACCCAAGACAGGAAAGAAAAUGAACAAGAUGUGAGCUGACAGGGAGAAGAAAUUACUCAGAGGAAGCCACUGUAGGACAUUAGGAUGGAGUCACUGGGUGGAGAAGAGGAGACAUACGUCUUGGUGGAAUACGCCUUUGAGUACACCGCUAAGGAUGGACAUCUUAUUUCUAUCAAACCCAAUGAGAGAUACAUGCUUUUGAGGCGGACGAAUGACCACUGGUGGCAUGUGAGAAAGAGCAAACAAGCCCGGCCUUUCUACAUCCCAGCGAAAUAUGUCAAAGAGCUGGGUCCAGUGACCCACGCUGUGCCUUCUUCUGAGGAGCUGCCCCCCACAACUGUGCUGGGAAAUGCCAGCUUAGGGGCCUGCAUCGGGGUGGGCCAGGAGCAGCCACCAGAGUAUGAAUAUCGGUUUGUGAACACUGUUCAAGAGCAUGAGACAGAUGCAGAAGAAGCUGAUUUUUCUUCCCUGCGGUGCUCUAACUCCUCAAGGGCAGGGACUAUGAUCCCCUUUGACGUUGGUGGGAAUGCUCUGUCCCCCGUUUCUGAAGCAACGAGAGCCACUCUUUCUGCCCUCAGUGCCUCCCAUGGUUCCCUGAAGCCACACUGCACCACAGGUUCUGAUUAUUCCCCAAUGGGAAUAAUGGGCCAUUCCUCUGAACACAUGAGGGCUACAGUGUCCCUGGAUGACUUGGCAAGGUUCAAGCCUCACAACCAGGCAGGUGGCCGGAACUCAGGAUUGUACAAAACUGCCUCAUGGGGUCCUCCUCGCCUGCUGCUGAAGAGCAGCUCUGAAACCUUCCACAAGCCAGUGGAGGACAGGGUGAAGCGGGAAACGCAGGAGCACUGUGCCAGACAGCUGUGCAAAGAGGCAGCCGCAGAUCCCGUGUAUGUGAAUAUUCAGGACCUCCAGUUGGAACGGAGUAUUGCCACUGCCAGCAAUGCUGAAUCCACACCCCAGCCACACCGCAGCAGCCCCCUGACCAGCUGGGAGACCCACACGGACGCGGAAAGUGGCCGCUUGUUCUAUUACAAUCCAGAGACGGGUCAAACGACGUGGGAGUCUCCCUUUGAUGCUUCUGACAAUACUGGAAGUCCCGCCCAUCCUUGCUCUCCCUUGCUUCCCCUCAGCCCUGCCACACCUGCAGAGUGGGACCAAUAUGUAGACCAGGCCAGCGGGCAGGUGUUUUUCUAUAAUACGACGACAGGCGAGACGUCGUGGGAUGCACCCCAAGGGAAUGAAAUGCUCAAUUGCCCGGAGAUGCAGCCUGCGUUUGCUCCCUACAGCCCUAUGGAUCAGAGGCCACCAACUCCAGAAACUGACUACCCCAACCUUUCUCCUGAUGAACUUGAACACUACCCUGAAGAAGAUUAUUCUCCAGUUGGCUCUUACAAGCAGCCGGAUUAUCUCUCUGUUCCCUCAGCAUACCAAGGUUGGCCCUCUUAUGGCAGUCAGGAAGGACUGGUGUUUGAUGGUGACCAGUAUGCCUCUGACACGGUGACCAUGUCCGGCUAUCACCACAGUACUAGCAGUGGGUCCAGUCUUGACAGCAGCCCUUUCGGGAACUGGUCACCCAAUCUGUUUGCCGUCUCCAGUUCAAAGGAGGAACAGUUAAAAACUCUUGAAAAGGCUGGGAUGCUCUUUCGGACAAAGACUGCUGAUAAAGGGAAACGCCUGAGGAAGAAUUGGAGCUCUUCAUGGACAGUCUUGGAAGGUGGUGUCUUGACAUUUUUCAAGGACUCAAAGCAUUCAGCUUCUGGCAGUGUGAAACAUCCGUCUGUGUUGAAUAGCCCAGAGUACACUGUGGAUCUUCGUGGAGCAACACUUUCUUGGGCCACCAAAGACAAGUCAAGCAAGAAGAAUGUCUUGGAGCUGAAGACAUGGGAAGGAUCUGAGUACCUGAUCCAGCAUGAUUCAGAGAGCAUUAUCAGCACAUGGCAGAAGGCAAUUGCAGACAGCAUCAGUAAACUGCCUAUAGACUUCCCUCUGGAAGACCGUGAGGAAAAUUCAGCAGAUUUGAAAUCCAAGGAGCAGCUAGGAAGCAGCCGAGAGAAAGAGGGUGAGAAGAAGAGUCCAGCCUCCUGGCACUCCUCCAGCUCUCUCAACUCAGACAGCGAUUCCAGCAAAGUCCGCAACAAACUCCGGAAGCUUCUGCAGAGGCGGCCAACUCUCCAGUCCCUGCGGGAGCGAGGCUAUAUCAAAGAUCAGGUGUUUGGAUGCCAUCUCCAAGUUCUGUGCGACCGUGAGAAGAGCACUGUACCUCAGUUUGUGAGGCAGUGCAUCUCCACUGUGGAGAAGAGAGGCUUGGAUAUUGAUGGACUCUACCGGAUAAGUGGGAAUCUGGCUACGAUACAGAAACUGCGCUACAAGGUCGAUCGUGAUGAGCGCUUGGACCUUGAUGACGGCCGUUGGGAUGAUGUUCAUGUCAUCACUGGGGCACUCAAGCUCUUCUUCCGCGAGUUGCCUGAGCCACUGUUCCCCUUCAGCCAUUUUGACAAAUUCAUUGCAGCCAUUAAAAUUACAGAGCCCUCAAGGCGAAGCCACCGCUUACGGGAGCUGGUGAAUUCUCUACCUCCUGCUAACCACAAUACCAUGAGGGUACUUUUCCAGCAUCUCUGCAGGGUUAUAGAGUUGCGUGAGGAGAACCGCAUGUCAGUGCAGAGUAUUGCAAUUGUGUUUGGGCCAACGUUGCUGAAGCCAGAGGCAGAAGAAGGGAAUAUGACUAUGCACAUGGUUUUCCAGAACCAGAUUGUGGAGCAGAUCCUUAGUCAAUACAGCUACAUAUUCCCAGAGAGCUAGAGCCUCCCAUUGGAGCAAGGAGCCUGGUUGAAUGAAGAAACGGCUUCGACGCCAGGGCAGGUCCCAUCGCUGUGGGAAGACGGUGUUGCUGGGCAGUGCCAAGACUAGACAGUGAAGAUGUGCAGGGCGGGGAGAGAGAAAGGUCUCGCAAUAAAACUGUCAGUAGGAUUCAGAA